AGAACAUUCUGGCAGUCCAGGAAAGUUCAUUCCAGUCAUCACUCAUCAGGGUUACCUUCCGGUCCGGCAAUCGCUCAUGUGGUUCUCUCUGUGAAUCUGUCGAUUUAACUUGAGCAAUCGAUCAUGGAGAAAGCAUUCUCUUCCCGACGUGUGUUGGUCGUUCUUCUGCAUUUACUUUGCGUUCUUAUGAGAAACUGCCUUGUAUAUGGGAAAAAUUCAAUGCCCUGUCACGUCGUCAAUAGGUUAACAGGUGCUGUGGUCUGUUGUCCAUCAGCACAGGGUACUUUACAAGCAAAAGGAUGUAAAACACUGUACCCAAAAAGGUCGUUACCACUAAUGCCCGGGACUUGGAGCGUGGAAUCUUACGUAGAGGCGACAUCGCCUUGGCUUCAACAACUCGAAGUCGUGAACAGUUCGUGUUGCUGCAGAGAGAAGGUAGACCUUAUACUCCCAGAUCAUGUGGCUUCUGUUAAUGGAUCAAGCCAAGCAAAAGUCGUACAACACUCGGCGGGCUACGUUCAGCCAGUCUUUGUGAGAACUUGCGAAGAACAGGCUUGUUCAAGUGGGAGUACUGAACACACAGUAUUCAGUUGCACCCAGAGGUGGGCAUUGAUGGAUCUAUACACUGAAAAUCAACUGUACAGUGGCUUCAUGCACCUCGAAAAAGUGUGGAUUCCAGAUGGGUGUAGUUGCAGAGAGAAACAAGCCAAGGCAGAAGAGCAUUCUAAAAACGGUGGCAGUUCAUUCGAAGAAGACUUAAGUGGAAUUAAAGACAGUUUUUCAGUUAGGCUUCCAGCAUCAAGCAAUAAUGAGCUCCCUAGACCAGGGGAGCUUAGUGCAAGGCAGAGAACCUUGAAAGUCAAUUCUAAAUCUAAUGUAUUCAAAAGAGAUGCUACUGCAGCCAAUUCCAGUGAACCUUAUAAUUACUUAGAAGCUUCAGAUAUUCGGAUCCCGAGCAGUAUCCUCGUUAGUUACAACAGCACUUCUGACGAGGAUAAGGAUGAAUCUUCUUACUUAAAGAACAUACUUGCUGCUUACGCCGCCUCGCAAAACCUCCCUCUGGUGUCCCUUGAGCAAUAUGAGGGAGAACACUAUUUCACAGACGCUGGGGGAUCUGCAAUUAACUUGAAGGGCUUGAGUGAUCUUGUGAAUAAGAGUCAAGGAAGUGAAGAGUUAUUCCUUCAUUCGAUAUUUCAAAACAAUAGCAACAGCAACAGUAGCAGCAGCAGCAGCAGCAGAUGCAAGGACAAAAGAAACUGCAGUAGCUCUGAGCACUCCUCCAAGUACUCUGAUUCAGAUUUGAAUUCCACGCAUCGACAACAACCUUCUGCAUUGCUUCCGGAACAACAAAGUGAUUCUGUCAAGUCUUCUCAGUUAGCCAACUCAACAGGUGUCUCAAACCUCUUGGAUGUUAUGAAUUACAAUUUGAAAGUAGGUUUACUUGGUGGUACUUUUGGCAGGAUGACUACAGCUGAAAUAAUGAAAAAUAUCUUAAAUCACGUCCCAGAAAAUGAACGGGCCUAUGCACAAUCCGCAGCAGAGAAUAUGAUGUUAACAGAGAUGGAAUAUCUUAAAACAUCGCUUAAGAUGCUGGAAAUACUAUUAAAUUCCACUGGAUCAUUGGAGGAUGUUGUAAAUACCCCAAAACUGUCACCUAACCUAAAAGAUUCAGCAAAGGCACCUCUAAUUUCUAGACCCGAUAUUAAUAGUCCAAUUAGGUUUGAAUCUAUCGAUGCCCCAAUAUUCAGUAACCCAACAUUUCAGGGUAACAAGGAAAACAUUGAAGGUAAUUUUCGAAAGGAAUUGUCACUUGGGAUAAGCCACAAUAAAGUGAAUGUGUCAUCAGUGGGGCUCACUCAACCGGAGAAAGGUGACCUACAUUUUAACCGGAGCCUUUUGCCCACAGUGUCGCAAGUUGGGAAUUUCUCGGCGACACCUGAAGCUUCACAACAACCUUCAACUGGAAGCGGGCCGAGAAUGGCAGACAGGGUGGAGGAAGAAUUACACGCAGCCUUUGCAAACUUUGUAUUUCAAGAGGCCUGGACAAAUUUGUCCUGUAGGGUCCCAGACACCGUAGGUCAGGCAGUCUCAGAGGUGAACUUCUUGCCGCCUCUGAUUAAGAAAGGACUUGAUCCAGAGGCCAAAGGUGUGUUAGACAUUAACAAGUUUACUGGAAGAAUAAUUGCUGGAAUCAUAUCUUGUCAUAUUUCCGACCAUGAGGAAGCUUUGAAGGAUGGACGACUAGCGACCGCCAUAUCGGGUGGAGUGAUGGCAGCAGAGUUACUAAAUAAACAAGUGGAGAUAAUAAAGAGAGUGAUGCAAGGACUCCUUGAUACUAGUGAUGCCAAGAAAAUUACUGGUAUUCUCAAGUGGUCCGUCAGGUCUACUGGAGUCUUGUCAAGGGGGGAGUUUCUCAACUCGAAAGAUCAGCUGCAAAUGGACAACCUCCUUACUACUCUUAACAAUUCACUCAGCAAGUACUAUGUAGAAUUUCUCAAAGGCAAAAUCUCCAGUAACACCUCUGCAAAUUCAUCAUCCAAUUCGGUUCUAAGCAGCGUUAGUUCUGCAGGCUCAGCUGGUGAUAGAAACAGGAGUGAAACUGCACUAAACAGAACAACACCAGGAGUUGGUACUGUGACUCCUCUUACCACAACACCACCAAGUGUUGGUAAUUUGACUUCCUCUGGUACUGCAACACCACCAAGUGUUGGUAACUUGACUUCCUUUAGUACUGCAAAGCCACCAGGCUCAACUCCGGACGUAAACAGGACUGAAAAUACACCAACGAAAACGACCCCAGGUGUUGGUAAUGGGACAUCUACUACAACACCAAGCGUUGGCAGUGUGACAACUUCUAUCACAACACCAACUAGUGUUGGAACAGUGACCUCACCUACUAAUAUAUCACCAGGUGCUGGGAAUGUAACAGCUACUGCAACGCUGCCAAGUGGUGGGAACGUGACAUCUACUGUAGCACCACCAAAUGUGGGUAAUGCGACAACAACAACAUUAAUUGUUGGUAAUGUGACAUCAUCUACAACUCCAUCAAAUGCUGGCAAUACCAGCAACUCGUCAACUACAAACAAACCUACUCCAGCAGUGACAAGAGUAUCAACUAUUCCCUCUACAACUGAAGCACCAGGAUCUUUUAACUCUGUUUCACCAGCCACAAAUGUGACAGUCCCAAGUGUCAAUGUAACGACUGCUGCUCCAAGGCAAGACAUAACCAACGUGACAACUUCGGUACAAGCGUCAUCAACUACCAGGGAGAAUGUAAGUACUACACCAUCAUCUGUGAUUACAAAUGUCACACGACCUUCUACUUCCCCUUUUACAAAUUCGUCUAAUUCAACUGUAAGCCCAAGUCAUACUGAAGUCACCAGUCCUUCAAGAAACAAAACAUACACUGCUCAUGGUUCUACAACUAAAGCUUAUGGCAAUAAGUAUGGCACUUUGAAAAACCGCACUGAAGUCAGUGGUUCCCAAGAUUACGAAUACAAGGACUAUGAGUACAACGAUUAUGGUUAUGUAGAUGAUACACUAGGGGGCUACUUCGGGAACAAACACAAGCAUGGCAAUGGGACCUACAGAGAGUCGCUUGACGCUCACAAAGACAGGAGGUUGGAGAAUACUAAUGCCAGUGAUAGUGCUGCAGCGAAUAUCAGCAUCAUUUUUGAAGGGGGGAAUAAGGUCCAUGCAAGCAGGCCUACAGCAGCCGACAAGGUAAAGAACAAAAAUGACACCGGGAAAGUACCACAAGAGGGUAAAGAAGAGGACGUAGACUACGACUACAAGGACCGUAAUGAUUACAUAGUUAAUUAUGACGAUUAUGAGAAUGAGAAAGGCAUUUUUAAAGUUAAGGAAGAAGUAGGCAGCAUUAAUGACGUAUAUGAAGCACACUCCGUGAAACCAAGCAUCAGUAAAGAUAAGUACAAAGAUUCAGAGGCAGAGAGUGAUGAUACAGAUAGUGAGAACUGGAAUGACAGUGCUGAUUACAAGAAUGAUGAACUAGAUAACAGUUUGCUUUACAAUAGUGAAGAAAAGGUGAAAAAUAAUGUGGAUGGAAAUGAAGAUGAUGACGGAGGAAAACUAAACGACCGUGAAGAGAAAAACAUAAAUGACGAACUGAAAGAUUAUGGUUAUGUCGACGAACCAAUUAAGACUGACGAGGAUAGUGACAGAUUACCAGAUUCUGAUGAUGAACUGAGAAACGGAAGUGAUGAAGGAAAUCAUCAUCAUCAUCAUCAUCAUCACCCAGGUGGGCAAGAUGACAACGAACUUCCGGAAGAAUACAAUCCAAUUGACAUGUCGCCCCUCAACCUAUAUAAGCUCUUCAGUAACCUGAACUUGUAAUAUUGUCGUGAUUUAUAUAUCUACACCCAUAUUGAUCAGUAUUUAUAUAAUUUAUAUGUUUUAGUGUUUGUAGCUGCAUGCGUUACUUUAGUUGUCGCCUGUACGUUAUAUGAUGAUAAAAUUUUUAUACAUUUAAGGUUAUUAAUACCAAAGACUUAUAAUUGUUUAGCAAACACUCCUACCAGAUACAACCAGAUUGGGAAUUGGAGACCUUUUAUUCAAGUUGACUUUCAUGUUUGGUUUUCCGUUUUCUCUUACGUAAGAUGAAGGACAUUCGUCAUUCCAAUUACUGAAGUGUUUGGAAAGCAUCACGGAGCAAUCUGUGUUUGUGUUUUUAAUUAUACCAAGAAUUAAAUUA